GUAGCCAUUGUAGCUACCACAGUCGCACCAUGAACACUGGAAUAUUCAUACAGUAUAUUCAUAUCUGUAACAACAGCAGCAAACCCCAUGCCAAGGGCUCAGCUGGGAAGAAGACUGCUCUUCAGUGCAGGGGUGUCCUCUUCCCUGCUCUGUUGUGUGACUGAGCUGAUAACGCACUAUCAGAGCUAGAAGGACACUAUAUAGAGGGGCUCCCUUCUCCACCCUCAGCAACUCUGCAACUGCGUGCUCUUUUUGGAUCAUCUUGUUUCACCGCUGGUGCUUCUUUUUGGUUUGCUGCCAUCAGGAGUUCCCUGAGAUUUUCCCCAGAAGGACCCUAUACUCCACCCAUAGGACUGCACUGUAAAGAGGUUUUUCUUUUGUAUUUCAAAACUGCGGUGAAAAAUGAAUGGCCCAGCAGAUCCCUCAAGCCUACUUUUCAACUGCUCACAUCAAUCUAACUUCUCUUUGGAAGCUUCAGAGCAAUGUGGCAAAGAGACACACCUCGAGAACAUACUUUUUGCCACUUUCUACUUCCUAGACUUCAUUUUGGCUUUUGUUGGCAACGCCCUGGCUCUUUGGCUCUUCAUCCGAGACCAGAAGUCUGGCACACCUGCCAACAUUUUCCUGAUGCAUCUUGCUGUGGCAGACCUGUCGUUUGUGCUGGUGCUUCCCACACGCCUGGUGUACCAUUUUUCUGGUAAUCAUUGGCCAUUUGGUGAGAUCCCGUGCAGACUCACUGGCUUCCUUUUUUACCUCAACAUGUAUGCCAGUAUCUACUUCCUCAUGUGCAUCAGCGUUGACCGUUUCCUCGCCAUUGUGCAUCCUGUGAAGUCCAUCAAGCUUCGCAGGUCCCUUUACGCCCAUUUGGCAUGUGCCUUUCUAUGGGUCAUAGUUGGUGUUGCAAUGGCACCUCUGCUGCUCAGUGUGCAGACAGUAGAGAUGAACAACACAACCAUCUGCCUGCAGCUCUACAGAGAAAAGGCAUCACGUCAUGCUCUUGUGUCCUUAGCAGUUGCAUUCACCUUUCCAUUUGUUACCACAGUGACCUGCUACUUACUAAUCAUCAGAAGCCUCAAGAGUGGGAACAGAGUUGAGACACACCUGAAGGAAAAAGCUAUCAAAAUGAUCAUCAUGGUCCUAAUGAUCUUUAUGAUCUGCUUUGUACCUUAUCAUGUCAACCGCUACAUUUAUAUUCUCCAUUACAACGGGACCAAAACUUCCUGUGAAACACAGCGCAUUCUAGCACUCAGUAACCGUAUCACUUCCUGCCUCACGAGUCUGAAUGGUGCCCUCGACCCAGUCAUGUAUUUUUUUGUAGCUGAGAAAUUCCGUGAUGCUUUGUGCAACCUGUUUUGUGGUAAAAAGACUGUAAUAUUGCAUCAAACGUAUGAGGGUAAGACAAAUGAAAGCUCGCUAAGUGCUAAAUCUGAACUGUGACAUUUACCACUGCUUCAACAUGAGAACACUCUGUUCCACCAAAAUCAGCGAAGAGUGCAGAUAUGCAGCAAGACAGUCUACCCGAAGUGAAACUCACUCCUGAGGAGGGAAGUUCCAUCAUUUUAAUGGAACUAAAAUUAGUAAGAACCCCUCUGACAACUGAGAUCACAUGCUCCUGUCUUAGUGAAACUGCAAAUACAAGUACAGUCCUACUGAUUUCCAAGAUGUGAAACUCAUGGCUGAACACUUAGGAAUAAGGAAGGGAACAAAGAGGCUGUUAAACGGACAGCUUCUUUUUUCAAAAGGACUUAAUUCCCAAAGCAUUCAGCAACGAUUUUUCCUAUGCACAAUACAUACAGCCUACUUUGGAAUUGUACCAGCAGUAGAGACCCAUUCCUGAAGUAGAUCUGCCUGAAGAGUGUUUAUACAUCACAGACAGAAAACUGGUACUAAGUCAUAGCAAGAAGAAAAAACAAAAUACUGCAAUGCUCCCAACCAGGACUGGAAUUCAGAUAGUACUCACAAUUUUUUAACUGCUUCUCAGCAUUCAGAGUUGGAGAUGAGCUCUAAGCUUCACAUUACUACUUCUACCUGCCAUCAGCCAUGGCCCCAUGGCUUCAGACAGAGGCCAGACAACAUUCACUACACCUUAUCUUUUACGUAGUUCCAUGCAAAACAUCAGAUGUCUUGAUAACGCUCAAACUGAAGAAUGGAAGAGGGCAGUUUAGGAACACAGCAUUCAUCUUUACUACAUACUACGAACUUCUGUCUUAAAAAAUGGUGAAGGUGAAGAAAAGCAAACAUAGGAAAAAAACAAUAGAAUCAUUUAGGUAGGAAAAGACCUUCAAGAUCAAGUCCAACCAUCAGCCUGACCUACCAACUGUCAUCACAAAAGCACGUCCCUUAGCACCACAUCCACAUGCCUCUUAAAUACCUUCAGUGUACUGAAGUCCCAUUUGCCCAAAGGAGAUCCUUACCUUCGAGGUGUUUUACAUUUAUUUAAUUUCUGCAAUUUACCUAGCAAGACUAUUUAUUCACUGCAAAUAAAGUAGGGAUUACCUUAACUACCCUCACUGAUAUAAAUUGCAUCCAGUGGAAUAUGUCUGGGAACGACAAACACACCAGGCAAGACCAGGUACAAUGAGAAAGUGGAAAAAAGACCUAAGAGUUUCCAAUAGUAUUUACUAGCAGAACGUUUCUAUGCUAUAGUGAUAAAUGUUAGCGGAAAUGACGAUAGGUGAAUUAUAUUUUGGACAAACACAUACCUAGGCGCACACAUCCCUCUUCUGGGCUUUUAGGAAUGAGCUACUUGCAAUUUUAAGUUUGGUCCAUAAAUUAUGAAAUCAAACCUACUUUUUCUUUCUUGAAUUGUUUCAAUCCUAGCUGCUUUCCUAAAACACCUAGGAACUCUCCUAGGUGCUAUGACAACAGUACAAAUUCUAACAAGCUGAAGUGUCAAAAGAAAAUCUAUUACAUCCAGCUCUAAAAACUAAGUCACAGAAGUUGCAUGCAGGAUUGGACAGAAAAGGGACUGAGACAGCUUCCCACUGUACAGGAUACAAAUACAGAACCUUGACUUCCCCACCAUUCAGCUAGUGAAAAUAUAAACUCCAGGAAACUAGUAAGCUUUGUUCAAGACACAUGACAGCCAGAAAUUAACCAUGAAUUGUGCAACACUGGGUGCUAUCUGCUAGAGAGUUUUGUUUUCUUAUGAUUUGUUUUUGUACAAGCUUCUUUCUAUGUUUUUAGCUUCUUACUUCUAAAUUAAAUGCAUUAAUCAACCUUAGGACCUGUUUUUAUGUUUCUGAAUAUGUAAAAUGAAUGGUUUCUGAAGACCAGUGGAAUCUUAUGCUGAAUAUGCUUUGAAGUAAUCCUCUAUGUUAUUCUCUUGGACUUUUGCUAUGCCUUGAUUUGCUGCUGUGCAACUUACUUGACAAAUAGCCUACCCAGCAUCACAUAAUCCCUUUUUCUCACUUGCUACCUGGCCUUUUGCCUAUAAUUCCUUUCUUUUCCAGAGCCUAUCCGCUCACUACUAAAAUUUAAGUUUCUGCUUUUUAUGCAUUUAAUUGAAUGAAGAACACUAUUCUUCAUUCCAUUUCCCAUCUCCUAACAGGCUACUCCUUAGAGCUUCUCCUCUACCUUUCCAAGCUUUACCUCCCAGUAUACAGUCAACCAACCACUCUCCACAUCUCACUAAUGUAUUGAUAACAGUGACACAACUUCCAUAGCUCCUGCUCUAUCUUACCUGCCAGCAUUCUUCACAAAACCCAGGUCAGCAAGUGCUACAUCACAGAGCUCACAACGGAAACAUUCUGGGUGCCAGUUAUUGUUCAUUGCCUUGAUAACACGCCCAAUGAUGAACUCACCUACAAAAGAAAAGCAACACCUUGAGAUGCAGGCAGAAAACAGUUUUAUCAAAAAUUUACUGCCCUUCGUAAUUCUCCCCUUUUUAGAUCCACAAGACCUGCUACAUUCUAACUUCAGAAAAAAUAAUUCUUCCCACAGCCCCAAAUUUUGGGAUGCCCCAAAUCACUGCUGAUAUGUUUUGUUUCUCUCCAGAGUUUCUGCUCCUUAAAUGACUCCAACAAUCCCAGCCCAAGGCUGGACAGCAUUCAGAGAUGGAAGGUUUGCACGGCCCUGUAGCUGCUACUCUGUGGUGUUGACAAGGAUGCAUAUGCUACAAGGGAGACACUGCUAAAAGAAAGGCCACUCGCCCCUAACCUCGAGGUUUGCUGUAGUAAAUCCAUAGCUGGAUGAGGCUACACAGAUCUGUAUUUGGACACCUUACCACAUUCCCCACAGCAAGGAGCAAACAGCAUCUGAAAGUCAUGCUCGCAGUACUUCCGACCUUCAAACUGUAAACAAAAGAGAGAAGUAGUCCUCAUGAAUAACUGAACCAUGUUCAGUUCAAAUAGUUCAGCAAUAUUUUCCAUUGAAAUAAUUAAUCGGUCAAGGUAAGUCACAUUUUAGAGUUCUAGUCUCCCUUCUAACCUGUUUUUAAACUCCCAAGGAUUUUCUUAAAGCAACAUCCGGAUAUGGUUUCAGCCUUAUAGUGAAUUCAUUUAGCAAACAGUUAAAUCAAAUCUUAUGAAACAACAAAAAUCUUGAGGUGUCCCAAGCCCUUUUCCUAGACUUUUCUUUUUUCUUUUUUUUUUUUUUCUUUAAAUCACAUAUUUGGAAGUACUCCUCCUGCAUGAGACAUACCCACAGCAAGUUAAGAAUGCAGCACAUUUAAAAUAAUGUAUUAUUCAAAACAUAUGCUUGCACAGAUUCUGCAAAAAUAUUUAAACUUCGUUUCUAAAUGGGUUGACCAAUUUCAGUUGCCAGUUGGAAAAGUUUGGUACAAAAUAUCUGACAAUAAACACAAAAAAUCAGUUAAGUCUAAUGAAA